AUGAGCACGGCAACGUGCAGAAUAAUGUGCAAAGUCACAGCUGAAUAUCAUCUUUUUCAUAUGCAGUUGUUCUUAUGUCAGACUGUUGUGCAGCUGUGUCUGCUACAAGCACUGCAAUGUUAUAUAACACCUAGGAAUGCAAAGGUCAAUGGCACGUUGUUGCAUAACAUUUCAGUUCACCUCCUUCUGCACACGCCGCUUUGAAACCAGUGCUCUCUGAAGAGUAAGACCAACACCUGAGGAGGACUUUACAGACUGCCACUCAUAGCUUUAACAGAACACAGUUAGGAGAUCACAUUACACAUGGGAGUAAAGUGGAUUAGACUUGAGUGCUGACUGAUCUAACCAAAUGGGUGAAAAACUCCAGGCACUAAAACAGCAGGUUUGUGUCUCCAUUGACGAGGCCAAGGACAAACUACACGGAUUAGGAGAUGCAAUAUGGCGCCACCCAGAGCUCGCAUUUGAGGAGAGACAAGCCCAUGACACCCUGGUCCACUUUUUUACACACGAGAAAGGGUGGACCGUGGAGGCGCACUACAAACUAGAAACAGCAUUUCGGGCCACGUGGGGACCUGUAGGUGGAGCAGACGGUGACACUGUGGUGAAUGUGGCGUUCCUGUGUGAGUAUGAUGCUCUGCCAUCUAUAGGCCACGCGUGCGGCCACAACCUGAUAGCAGAGAGCGGAGCUGCGGCAGCGGUGGGCCUGAAAGCGGCGCUCGAGAGCGGGCAGGCGGGGCCUGUGCCAGUCAAGGUAACUGUAAUAGGGACUCCAGCAGAAGAAGACGAAGGUGGGAAGGUGGACUUGCUGCGAGAGGGAGCAUUUGAUGGCCUGGAUGUGGUGCUUAUGGCUCACCCUUCACAGGAAGACGCCACAUACAUCCCAGAUGUGGCAGAACAUGACCUUGUAAUAAAGUACCAUGGACGUGCGUCUCAUGCAUCAGCGUAUCCCUGGGAAGGUGUAAACGCUCUAGACGCAGCCGUCCUGGCCUACAGUAACAUGUCUGUACUCCGUCAACAGCUCAGACCUGACUGGAGAGUCCAUGGUAUAAUAAAGAACGGGGGUGUGAAACCCAACAUCAUCCCCGACUACACGGAGCUGGAAUAUUACUUACGCACCCCUUCGCACCAGGACCUGCCCAAGAUCAAAGCCAAAGCUGAGGCCUGUUUUCAAGCUGCUGCUCUGGCCACAGGAUGCACGGUUGAGAUUCUGUAUACAAGGAACAUGUUUUAUGAAAUCCUGAGAAACCGCACUUUGGAAAGCCUGUAUGAGGAGAACGGGAAAUCUCUUGGCAUGAACUUCAUUACUGUUGAGGAUUCAUCUGGCUCUAGUGAUAUUGGGAACGUGACUCAGGCUGUUCCAGGGAUUCAGCCUUAUUUCUACAUCGGUACUGAGGCGCUCAAUCACACUGCAGAAUACACCACUGCCUCUGGUGCAGCUGAGGCUCAGUUUUACACACUCCGUACUGGCAAAGCUUUGGCUAUGACUGCACUGGAUGUGAUCUUCAGCCCAGGUGUGCUAGACAAAGUCAAACAAGAGUUUAAAGAAGCCAAGCUCAGAGAGGAGAAAGGACAGAGAUGCAAAAACUAACAAGAAAUAGGAAACAGCCACAGUCUAGACAUAAAGCUAGUUUAAAGGCCUAAUACUUAGCCUUUACAAAGACUCGCAGUCUUCCGUUUCAAGCCUCAGGCUCUUUGGUCUUUGUCCUUUGGUCUUUUUUUUUUUCAAACACUGGAGUUUGAUUGACAUUUUUCAACAAAAUGUUUCCUUGUCAUGAUACAAUCUUUAAGGUGACAGAAAGAAAACUAAUCACUACACAAUAUCACAUUCAGUCUGGUUUAUUAUUAUCGAAAUCUUUAAAUCAGACAUCACAACAAAUUUACACACAUUUAUGCUUUAAUUAUUUGAUCACAUCUUUUAGAUUCAUUAACUGAAUUUCAAUAAAUAAAAGCAAUUUUUUGACUUGCA